ACCAGGAGAUUCUGGUCAAGCUCGUAAAAAGACAACAAAUGCCGAAAGAUGCAAAGCUUACAGAGAAAAGGCAAAGCAGAGUGAUAGCUAUAGGAUGUCAGAACAACUACGAAAAAAACUGUUCUGAAGUAACAGGACUGAGGAACAAAAAGCACACGAUCGGGAACUGGCUCGACUUCGGAUGGCCAAAAAAUGAGCGUUAGACAAACAGACUGAAACACAGGCACAAGCAAAAAAAUCUGUAGCGGCACCAAGCACUAGGAAAAAGAAAUUAGAGCAACGUCAAAAGUGGAGAGAAGCUCAACAAAAGUACAGAAUGAACAUGAGUGGCCAAAAAAAGAGGCGUGUGAGAGAGAAAGACAGGGAGAGAAAGGCGGCUUGCAGGGAACUGGCCAAGAAGUCGUCAGUUAAUUACUUGAUGGACCAACCGGACACUACAUACAGCACACCUAGUGCACAAAGAAAGGCAGUUAGCAGGGUGAAAAGUGCUUUUCCCACCAGUGCACCGAAAUUCAGCUCUGUGCUCCAUGAGCUGAUUAAAAGUGCAUGCCGUACUUCAAGAAAAAGAAAACUCCUGCACAAGUCUGGUGUAAUUUUGAUGCCCAAUAAGAAGCGAAGAAUUGAGUUUUUGGAAUGCACAAUGACCACAUUUAAGGAGUAUUAUCAGAAAAUGAAGGAAUCAAGGAAAUCCAAAGACACAAAGCAACAACGUGUACUGGGUAGUCAUGUAGCUCGAAUGAAAAAACACAAGAGAAAAUGCUGUAGGGAAAUGGGAAUUCGGGGUGCAACACUUAUGAAAUGGUCAAAGCUUGAUGAAGCUACCAUGAAGAUCCACAUUCCCACACAUGAAGCUGUGCAAAACUUCUACAUGAAGCCUUACAUCUCGUACAUUCAUUCAGGCAAAAAAGCUGUACUCAAGCAAUUAAAUAAACAAAGACAAACAAUGACCAGAACCCUUCGGUCUGCAUAUGAAAUUUACAAGUCUGAAAAUCCGAAUAUAAAACUGUCCUACAGCAAAUUUACUAAAAUCAGACCUAAGCAUGUUCAAACUCAAGACCGUGGCAAGUUUUUUACAUGCUUAUGUGAAAAGUGUGUAAAUAUAGAAAUGAAGCUGAAGGCAAUCAACUCAACAGGUGAAAGACAGUUGGGGAAUAAGUACGAAGCAACAGGGAUCACACUGUGUGAUUACCCCAAAGGCUCUCUGCCAAACAUAAAAUGUGCGAAAAGGCAAUGCCAUCAGUGUGGCACCAAAAAGUUGAAAGAACGGCUUCACGCAGAACUGUCAUCUAAGGCACAAGUCAUGUGUCUGCAUGUUUCAGAUGGUUGAUGCUCCUGCAGAAUAUGAAGAUCCACCGGAAGGCACCUUCUAUGCACACUAUUUCCAUCCCAGUAUCAACAACCAAGAUGAAUGGACAAUGGACGAAACCGUACACCUUAUUACUGUCGAUGAGGUGGUCCAUAGCCUGACACCCCCAGACAUUCUUUCUCAUGGACAACGUGUCAUGUAUAUUUUUGAGGACUUUUAAUUUACACAGUCUUCUUCCCGUCAACAAGAGAGGUCAGGAGAUCCAGGUUCAAGCCAGUAUAAUGUGACUGGGUGAGGUGUCAUGUUUGGUGUCUUUGGCAUGAUGUUCCAAUGGCGGCAUGGACUCGCCCUGACACAA